AAAUAGGCCCUAAAUGAUUUUUAAAGAGAGAAAGAAAAGAUGAUUUUUUAUUUUCUUGAGGAAACAACAUCCAAGUUGAAGGAUUAGGGUAUGCAGGCAUGGUGGGCAUGAACAGCAAAGAAGCUUUGGAAAAGGCUAUCCUCGAAGCUUCACAGCAGUCCAGGUUUCAGAAGAUCGUUCUCAGUUGGGACUAUCUCCACGUUCUGGAAAACUCUGAGAAAAACAAACAGUCAUCAAAGGUCUCUGCUUCUUGGGGGCUCAAAAACGUGAAGGAAACCUUCAAAGAUGUGGAGGAAUACAUUGGUAUCUUUGAACCCCUUCUGUUUGAGGAAGUGAAGGCCGACAUUGUUAAAGGCCUUGAUGAAGAUGAAGUUAUGGAGUGGCAGAUGGGUGCCGUGGCUUCCUGUGAGGAGGCAAAUGAGUUUCAUGCCGUGACUCUGUUAGUCAAGGAAGAAGUUAGAGACAAGUUUUCGGAGAAUGAUUUGUUGCUGCUCUCCAAGGAAAAGUUUCGGGAGGGAAUGCCUCUUUUGAGUGCGUAUGGCUUUGCCAUGGUUGAGGGCCGCCCUGGUCGAGACACACUGAAGCUAAGAACUUAUCAUGGUGGAGAAUUUGACUAUUUGAAUACCAAAAAGAUUGUAUCAAGUACCAGGCUCUCAAAUAUGCUAUCCGCUCUCAAGGCACAAGAUAGUGUAUUAUGGGUUCUAAAGAUAAGCAGUUUGUCCACAAUUACCCGGGAAUAUUCUGCACUGCACUCUAUUGGUUCUCUUCCCUUUGCAGAUUUAAUACUCUCAGCAUCUGAAAAAUCAAAGACUGGCGACCCAGAGCACCAAACUUGGAAUGUUCCCAGACCUCUCAUGGAUUCUCUGGUGGAUAAUCACAACCAGUCACAAUUAGAGGCUAUUCAGGCUGGACUUUCUCGUAGAACUUUUGUGCUGAUACAGGGUCCACCCGGAACAGGAAAGACACAGACUAUUCUUGGGCUUCUUAGUGCCACUCUACACUCUGCUCCAACAAGGGUUCAAUCUAAAGGAGUAUUCUCACCCUUGCAGCACAGAGCACAAUUGACUUUUGAGGACAAAUCAACUCAUUGGAUGAAGGCUUCACCUUGGUUAAGUGGAUCUAAUCCAAGAGAUUUGAUAAUGCCCGUGGAUGGUGAUGAUGGCUUUUUCCCAACCACUGGAAAUGAAUUGAAACCUGAAGUUGUUGCGUCAAAUCGCAAGUAUCGAGUGCAUGUGCUGGUUUGUGCACCUUCAAAUUCUGCCUUGGAUGAGAUAGUUUUGCGUCUACUAAAUACAGGUCUUCGUGAUGAAAAUGACAAUGUCUACAAUCCAAAGAUUGUUCGGAUUGGUCUUAAGCCCCACCACUCAAUUCAGGCAGUGUCUAUGGAUUACCUUGUGGAACAAAAAAUGGCAACUAUGGAUCGAUCAUCCAUUGCCAGCCAGCGUGGUGGUUCUGCAACACUUGAGCGGGACAGAAUCCGUGCUUCAAUUCUUGACGAAGCAGCCAUUGUAUUUUCCACUCUUAGCUUUAGUGGUUCAAAUGUUUUUAGUCGAAUGAGUCGUCGUUUUGAUGUUGUCAUAAUUGAUGAAGCUGCUCAAGCUGUGGAACCAGCUACCCUCGUUCCAUUGGCACAUGGGUGCAAACAAGUUUUUCUUGUUGGCGAUCCAAUCCAAUUGCCAGCUACAGUAAUAUCCACAACAGCUAAGAAACAUGGGUAUGACAUGAGCUUGUUUGAAAGAUUUCAGAAAGCUGGCUAUCCUGUUCAUAUGCUGAAAACCCAGUACCGUAUGCAUCCUGAGAUAAGGAAUUUUCCUUCAAAAGAGUUUUACUCUCAAGAGUUGGAUGAUGGACCUGAUAUGGAGGAACGGACAACACGCAAGUGGCAUGACUACUUUUGCUUUGGACCAUUCAGUUUCUUUCAUAUAGAUGGAGUUGAAUCCCAACCUUUAGGAAGUGGUUCCCGGAUAAAUGUAGAUGAAGUUGAGUUCAUACUCCUCUUGUAUCAUGAAUUAGUGAGCAGAUAUUCUGUGCUUAAAUCAAGUUCCCAGAUGGCUGUUAUAUCUCCUUAUCGACAUCAAGUGAAACUUCUCCGUGAACGUUUUCGAGAGACCUUUGGGUCACAAUCAGAUCAAUUAGUUGAUAUAAACACUAUUGAUGGAUUUCAGGGACGAGAAAAGGAUGUUGUAAUUUUUUCUUGUGUUCGGUCAAAUGUUGAAAAAGGCAUCGGAUUUGUUGCUGAUUACCGUCGUAUGAAUGUUGGAAUUACAAGAGCAAGAUCAUCAAUCCUGGUGGUGGGUUCUGCUUCAGCUUUGAUACAGGAUGAACAUUGGAGAAACCUUAUAAUCAGUGCGAAAGACCGAGAACGCUUGUUUCAGGUUUCAAAGCCUUAUUCAGAGUUUUUCACCGAGGAAAAUUUGAAGACCAUGAUAGUUGUAGAAAAUAAAUUAGAAGAGCAAGACGGCAUGCAGCCUUCGAGUAUAUAUGAUGAAUUAUUGAUGGGUGGUCAAGGAACCGCGGAAGUUGAAGAGGCGCAUGAUAUGGAUGCUGAACCUUUCGGUUAUGAUGGGGGCUAUGAUGAAGACUGAAAACAUUUUUUGGUCUCUCUCUCUUUCUUUAUUAUUAUUAUUGUUAUUUAUUUAUUUAUCUGAGUUGGGUAUUUUUAGUAACGGAAUCCUAAAAAAAAAAAAAUCUAAUAAUGGAUUCUCAUUUUAAUGGUCAUGCUCAAGGAAGUUUAUAUUUCUA